AUGGCCAGGAAUAUGUGGGUUUCGCCAUGGUUCUUUCGAGGAGCUACGCAGUCAAGCAUCUCCGCCUCGGCUGUGAAAGAAUUUUCCAAGUCACGACUCCGGAAACGAGCACAGUCCCAUGUCCUACGCAAUCGCACGGGGCCGCGCCGCCCGGGAGCACGAGCUGCCGGAACGGGUUUCAACGAACCCCUCCAUCGAAAUCCUUCGAGCCAUGACUUUGAAGAAGGCGGAAACUCGCUGAACCUAAUAAAGCAGGAAAUUGCAAUUAUGAAGAAACUCAACCACCCGAACCUAGUUGCAUUGUACGAGGUGUUGGACGACCCGACCGAGGAUUCUCUGUAUAUGGUUAUGGAAAUGUGCAAGAAAGGUGUGAUAAUGAAGGUUGGUCUGGGCGAAGAAUCCGAUCCUUAUGAUGACGAAAGCUGUCGUUGUUGGUUUCGUGACUUGAUACUCGGUAUCGAAUAUCUUCACGCUCAGGGUAUCGUACACAGGGAUAUUAAACCGGAUAACUGCUUGUUAACUGCAGAUGAUGUUCUCAAAAUCGUCGAUUUUGGCGUGUCAGAAAUAUUCGAAAAGGAUUCGAGUAUGUACACUGCCAAGUCAGCCGGUUCUCCUGCCUUUUUGCCCCCUGAACUAUGUGUAGUGAAGCAUGGGGAUGUGUCUGGCAGGGCGACUGAUAUAUGGUCCAUGGGGGUGACUCUAUAUUGCCUGAGGUACGGACGUAUACCUUUUGAAAAAGGAAGUAUUUUUGAGCUGUACGAGGCGAUUCGAAAUGACGAGGUGGUGUGCCCUGGGGAAGAAGAUCAGAACUUCAAGGACCUGAUAUCCAAGCUUCUGGAGAAAGACCCUAACAGACGAAUAACGAUGGCGGAAUUAAGAGAACACCCCUGGGUUACAAAAGGGGGCACGGACGGGCUUCUUUCAGCGGAAGAAAACACGUGCAAUCUAAUAGAGCCUCCAACGGAAGAGGAGAUGAACACUGCUAUCACCAGGAACAUGAGCCAUGCAAUUACAGUGGUGAAAGCUGUUCAAAAGUUCAAGAGGCUUAUUGAACCGGCAAGUCCGAAACCUAUCCAAAGUAUUUUGGGUGAAGACGAAAAAUCACACUUCGUCCAGCCGCCUCUUUCUAUGGAUGAAUCAGAUGCUUAUGCGUUCCCCCCUAACCGAAAGAAACAUAAGACCGCGGCCCCGGUUUCGCCUGGACUUUAUGAUAUAACCCGAGGGCAGGAUCCGACCGAGCCAGGAGAACAAACGGGUACUGUUAAAAUUGCAAGAAGUCAGAACAGUACUUUCUCUCAGGUUUCAGACACAAUUUCCGCGAGUCAAAGUGCUUCGCUAUAUAACAUACCUGGCGCUGCAACGGCGGAUAGCCCCGCCCCCCAGGCUUCAGGAACGGCAACUCCGAGUAAAGGCAGCAUUUGCGAAGGAACGCGAGGGCACGCGCGCGAUAUACUAGAAGAGGACCAACCAUAUCUAUUUAUCGGGCCUUCCAGAUUCCACCCACGUUUCGCGAAUGAGCUUCCAGGCGAUAGCCAGGACAGGCCAGUGACAAUACAUGAUGAACCUAUGCCAAUAGACCCAUUCUCACCGCCAAUAGUUAGCGAGUCACCUAGCGCAGCUGACAUCGACAUCUACGAAACCGCAUAUAAAGAAGAGAUUGAACGAAUUCGGAAUAGAAGCCGUACAUCUCGCACUCCCCCGCCUAAGGUAUACCUAACGAGAAGAGUGGAUGGGAAACAAUCCACCCUGGCAGCGCUACUAGAACAGGCGAAGGAAGAGGGAACCUUGCAAACUCCGAAAGCCUCAAGCCACGGCAAAACAUUUCCGCGGGAGGAUCACAAUGAUCCAAGUAGGGCUACUGCUCCUACAUCCGCUACCUUUGCUGCGGCAGUGUCUUCUCUAAACACGCCUAUCCUAGCAUACAGAGUAUCGUCCCAGAAAUCGGAAGAAACAUGUAUUAGACCCUCUAAUGCGCAAUCACAGGCUCCUUUGGAGCCAACGCCAACAGCGACGGCGACGGAAAUAUCAGCACCAACGAGUCCAGAAGACCGCAGACGUGGCCUUAGGAAUUUACUCAAUCGCAUCAGGGAUAGCUCUUGA